AUGGACGCCACACUUGCACAAGAUGACUCCAGAAAGGACGCCACCAAAGAUCUACCGAAAUAUUACAAUGGCUACCAGAAGGAGUUCAAGGAGUGGUGCACACUAGGGCCCAAUGUCAGUUAUAGGGGGCAGAUGACCAAACCAGACAAGAAAGAGUACCCCAAAUAUUGCUCCAAAAGCUUGGCCUACGAAUUCAUGAGGGAUCACUUCAUUCUCAGACCCCAGAAACAUGGCAAACAGGGUUACGUGAAGAAAAAAGCUCACAGCAAAUCUGCUUUGGACAACAUCCAGAAGGCACUAAAGGCUCUAUAUCUCAGGCAGAAGAGUGAGUACUCUUGUGCAGAGGAAUUUGUUUCUUUUUAUGGAGACAAACAGCCUGGGGAAGGUGGUGAUAUCAAUGCCCUGAUAAUUUAG